GUCAGCGCUGUCAACAUGGCGGCGGUAGAUGUCAUUGUGGACAACUUGGUGACUCUCUGGAGGAUACCAGCCGUCCGACAGAACUUCCACUGGAUGUUUUUGCUGAUUUCGGCGGUGGGAUCGAUCCUGAAAGAGCUGGAGCUCGUCCCGCAGACAUAUUUCAGCAGCAGCAGAAAUGCGCUGAAUGUGUAUUUUGUCAAAGUAUCCUGGGGGUGGACGUUGCUGCUGCUGACCCCGUUCCUCCUCCUCUCCAACUCGUCCUUCAGCAGGAGCGCGUCCUUCCUCGGCCGGCGGCUGAUGUCUCUGGCGGUGGCGACGACCAUCUGGUACGUCUGCACCGAGACCUUCUUCUACAUCGAGGAUGCGACGGGCUCAUGUUUUGAAACUGACGGCGUGGACGUUAUCAACAAGGAGUUCACAUCCAAAGCCAGCUGCAGGCGGGCCGGCUUCCAGUGGCACGGCUAUGACAUCUCGGGACACUCCUUCAUCCUGGCCUACUCGGCUCUCUUCAUCAUGGAGGAAACGGCACCCAUGGCCUUCCUGAAGACGGCCAGUCUCUCUGCACUGCCCAGGAUGGUCCUAAACCUGCUGUACGUAGCCUUGAAUCUGAUAGUGAUCGUUUGGGUGUGGAUGUUUGCCUGCACCUCUGUUUACUUCCACGACCCGUCUCACAAGUUGCUAGGGACCAUAUGCGGCGUGUUGGGGUGGUAUCUGACAUAUCGGGUUUGGUAUCUCAAACCUUUGUCACCAGGACUCCCUCCUCAGCGCCACCCAAAAGGACUGAAACAACACACCUGAGCUGCAGUCAUACGUUCCUGUUGUUGCAGCCAUCCUCAAAACAACGCACUACAUUUCACGUUAUCUGUCGUCAGGUCCAAGCUGGCUGUUCUAUUUUAAGCUAUUCCCUCCUCACAGAAAGGUCGUUUAGUACAGGAUGGUGUUUGGCAGCUGCUGUUCCCAAAAUGACUCUUGGUAAUCUGAGAUAAAAAGCAAGACGCUGCUCUGCUGCCCAGCUUUCAGCCGCUCACCUUCAGCCUCUGAGGCUUGCAUGCUGCACCAUUGUUUCUACCCCAGUUUGUUGCCUUAUAAUGUUUGACUUUUGGAUGACUGAUCACAUCUUUUAGAUGACUGAGUGGGAAUAUUUGAGAAUGUUUACAGCUCCAGCUGCAUAGCACUGAUGUGUAUUUUUUACCAAUGUAAAGAAGCUACACUUUCUUUUCUUUUUUUAAUAGGAAACUACCUACAGUACAAAGUCGGAUCAGACACUAACUACAGUGGGCCUAAAUUAUUAACUGAUUGAUGAGACGAGCUGUCGCAUAUGGUUUGGAGUUACUGUGACUGUGUGCCAACACUCUAUGUAAAGUUUACUCAGAGGAUGGAGAGCUUGAAUAGCGGGUUUAAAGUUAAUUUUAGUUGAUCAUCAUACAGACUUUAGUUGUAAGCCAGCUCUGCACGUGGCAAUUAUUUAAAAAAUGCGCUCCGGUUUAGGCUGGAAAUAUCAACAAUUGUUGUCAUUAUUAAUUAAUCUGCCCAAUAUUUAAAUGGUCAAAAAUGUCCAUUACAAUUUGUAUUCAAAUGUGAUGAAUGCAACAAAUCCUCACAAUUGAAAAGCUGGAAUCGGAGUGUUUGUUUUUGUGCUUAGAAAAAUAACUUAACGGAUAAUUUGAUUAUCAAAAGUGUAGUUUAGUUUUCUGUUAUUGGACUAAUCGAUUAAUCAACUAAUAGUUUCAGUUGUAACUUGAUUUGUUGUCAACACCAUAAAGAGACCAAAACUGAAUUGAUCAAACGCCUGAUGUAUACUGUUCCUCUGUACCAUGGAGCGCCAAACUAUUAAAAACACAUCAAUGAUUGAUAUGGGCACUGACCUUUAUUUUCACUCCCUUACACAGCGUCCCGCUCCAAUACGUACUCCCUGGAUAAUCUGUUUUAUUCUGCAUCUGAAAAGCGUCCCCAACAAAUGCUCUAUAAUCUAUAAUGAGCUGCCAGGAAGUUACUUUUAUUAAUAAUCUGAAAGUUUAAGUAGAAUCCAAUGGGCUUGAGUCUGAGUGCCACAGACUGAGCAGGAAAGUUAUAAAGUAUUAAAAUAAGUUUAAAAAAUGUGUUGGUUUUGGUACCAGCCUUAUCUAUGGGUACAUGUAGAUCAUAGUGGUAUUUUUUAUGAAUAUAGAUUUCUAGCAUUGAUGUGUGCAGUUUCUUGAUGUGUCAAAUACACAGUUACAAGCUCUAUAGAGCAGGAACAUAUAGGUUAAAAUAAAAACCAGGAUCUGUUUCUUCCAUUUUCAUUAUUUAUUUGUCAUUGAUGGCAACUGAAUAAAUUAAGGCUUAUGAACAAACAUCAUAAAAAGCACCAUAAAUAAAUGCAUAUAUAUAUAGAAAUAUAAAAAAAAUGAAAAGUAAAAAAUAAAAAAAUACUAUAGUGAAACAUAAUGGCCACAAAUCACAACUAGUAUUUCUUGACUUGAACUCUUUGUGUGUGUGUUCAAAGAAGUACAGAUCCGACCCCUCGGGUGGCGUGAUUUCAGUCUGAAGAAGCAGUGGAGUCUGAACCGCUGUGCUUGUAAUCGAGAAGCAUUCACAAUGAUUGGCUGAUUGUGAAGACUCUUGACAUUUCCCCCUGCAGUGUCAUCUGCUGUUUCGUCAAUUAACAAAAGAAGUGUGUCUGAGAAUCAAAAAGUAAACAUAAAUGACAAUUAAGCAAAUUUUAUAAUUAAAUGGCAACAGGAAAUAGUACUUUACACUUUGUGUCCUCUUCCUUACUUCCAAACUGGGAAAAAUUCAUACAUACUGUAUAUAUUUUUUUAAAUCUUCUCUUUUGUGCCAUUUACAUCACUGCUGGUGAUGCAAAAACAGUUUGAAACCAAACACCCUCCAUGUUUCCUUUAAUGCACAUCUCAAACGUCUUCUUUUCAAACGGCUGUACAGCACUAUCCAUAUCAAACAUGAAACUGAACACAGCGAACUACAGCUUCUACACCUCUGCUUUCUGCACAAGAAUCAGAUUUAUUAUCGGCUGUGACACAGCAAGUGGAUGCUGCUUUUGAAAGGAGCAUUGGGCGUCGUCUUUGAUUCAACGUUUUCUGCCCCAGCAGCUAAUCACCACCUGCAGAGACGAGUUUCUGUAGCCGGAGAAAACAGUGAGCCUCCUAACUGGGGGGAAAAUAAAUGACCUUUCAUUAUCAAAGGCUUGAGCUGUACAGAAACACUGUACUGACUCCUUACUGCAAGAAAUGUCUGUAUAGCCAGCCAUAAAACCAAAAGCAGCUUAGAGCUCCAGCCAGUACCUCGCAUAAUGAGUCAAACCUAAAGAGCACACUGUUCAGGAGCAGAAUUAGAACAUGUUAAACCCUGGAAUUCUGACGAAGAAAGGCUCCCAUUAGGGGUGAACAGAGUGUGGAGCGGGAAAUGUACACUGCAUCGACAAACAGCAAGACAGCUCGCAAGGCUAGCCAAGGGGGGGGUGGGGUUCUUGUUUCUCAUCAUACUCCUUUAAAGCCUUCAGAUGAGUCAGCUUUUCCUCCCCUGUUCCCCUUAUUCAACCUUUAAUCUCAUUAAAAGUUCAGCCCAGUAAAAUUAAUGAAACAAAUGUAUAAUUAAAAAUAUCUAUCUGUAAAAACAAUCUUGCAUCUGUCAGGAGGAGUCGGCGACAAACAAACAGCAGUUAAAUCCAGUUUUUCUUUGCUCCGUAUUGCUGGAGGACCAUUGUUGAACACACGGUACAGUGCAGGUGCUUCAAAGGUUACAGUUAGCAAGAGAAUAUUUAGGAACUCUGUGGUUUUAAUGUUCGGUAGUGAUCAUAAAUUCUGCCUCUGGGCAGCGUCCGUCCAUCACGAAACGCGUACACAAUGAGAAAGUACCCAUGCAAUGAGAUAUACAUCCUAAACCUAAUGCAACACUAUUUGUGCACAUAGAUGCAGAAUUUACAAUUUUACUACCAGUUCAGCCAAAGUGUAACUUUUCAAACACCCAAGUUUUGU